CUUUCCUUGACGGGGAUGACGCCACGUGCAGAGAGCUAACGUACGGCAUUUGCCGGCUCCGCCCCCGGAAGCUACAGUAGCUUGUCCCUCACCCGGGAUUCACUGAGCAAUCUUGGAACCUGGAACAAGUCGGACCUCUCUUGGGCAUCAUCAGCCGCAACCAACAUCGACGCUCAGCAACGCCGCGGUCCCCAUGGUUCGUCCAACUCGAUGCCGAUAGCCUGCACCAUUCCCUACCCCCAAGCGCAAUGACGGCCGCCGCCCGAUUGACGUUUCUAUAUCCGCAUUUGCUGCGCAGCGUCCGCGCGGGGGGGCCGUCUCGCGCCGCGGGGUUCGCCAGGCACAGGGGCACCUUCGCACGAAGGCGAGGGAAGGCAGUCGAGCCUUUAUUGAGCGCUGUGAAGCCCCAGACUCCUGAUGCCCUGCCCAAGGUAAUUGAGGUUGCAGCUCCCGUGGAGGACGUUGAGCAGGUUUCUUCCCACCAACCCACGAGCCCAGUGCAGGACCCGACAUCGGACUCGGCCCUGUCCUCCGAUUCAACGUUGACGGCCGAUGCAUCCAGCGAUAUCAAUCUGGCGCACGGCGAUCAGACGUCGAGCAGUGCCUCGCAGCAGCCGAACACAGCCCAAACUGCCGCGGAGGAAGGAGCUCGACUAGCGAGGGACGAGGCCAAGCAUAGCGGCCCCCUGGAGGAGGUCCUUCACAUGCAGCCCCCCGAGAACAUGGCGAAGCAGGGCCCUACCAUGUCGCCGCCGCCAUACGUCCACCACUUCGACAGCUACUCGCUCGUGAAGCAGCUUCAGGACGGAGGCUACUCCCUGGACCAAGCUACGACUACCAUGAAGGCAAUUCGCUCGUUGCUAGAGCAGAAUCUACGUGUUGCCCAGUCGAGUCUGGUCAGCAAAAGCGACGUCGAGAAUGAAACAUAUCUUUUUACAGCUGCAUGUUCAGAGCUAGCUACGGAAAUCAAGAAUAACCGACGCCUCGAGGAGGAGCAGCUCAGACAGCAGCGGACGCACCUGCAACACGAGGUGGACAUAUUGACGCAGUCGCUUAACCAGGAGGCCCUGACGCUCAAUGACAACGUCCGAGGCAUGUUCAACGAUCGCAGGAUGGUCGUUAGGGAGGAACAGAAAGGUGUUGAGAGUGCUGUUCAGCAAAUCAGCUACAAGAUCAGCAUCAUGCUCAGCAGUGAUGCCAAGUCGGACAUUGAGGCUGUUCGGUGGAUCCUGAUUCGGCGAUCCGUCCUGGGCAUCCUUUUCAUGGCGGUGCUUACCCUGGGCACACUACGCUACGCCACGUAUGUCAGCCACGAACGACAGAGGGAGGCGGACCGGAAGAAGAAGGAAGCGGAGGAGAGGCGACGCGGUGGUGGGAAGCGAGAUCACACCUCGGCGCCUGACGCCGCGGCGAUUUUGACGGCGAAUUGAACCGGCGGAACGAUUCAAUGACGACGGAGGUGGUUGGUUUUCCUUGGUAUUUUUCUUUCUUUGAUACCGAUACCCUAUAGACUUUCUUGGGAGGGAUACUGUUGAUACUGUCAUGCACACGCAAUGGAUGGGCAGACAGGAGCGAGUUGGAUGCGGAACAUCUAGACCAGAGGCAUAUCGAGGUCUGGGUAUGUGUAGACAUAUGGAGCAUGGGGAGCCUUGGAGUCCUGAUGACCGUGGACGGACAAAACAAACGCAGACGUCUUGUUCCCAGAGAAACUGGGACAAGAUACAGACGCAGAGACGGUGGCUUUGACUAGCCAAUUUCCUUAGUUAUUCAGAAUAUACAUUACUUGUGUUAACAAGCUGGAAACAAAACUGCUGAUAGCCUCCACCUAAAC